AUGUCCCGUCAGCAGCGACCAUGCGUCGAUUCGACCAACUCCCAAGCUCUGUGCUUGCAACCAAUCCCUCAACACGAUACUAACCCUCGAGGCUAUGACGCGGACGUGGAAGCUCAAAGCCUUUGUUCCGAACCCCCCGUGUCGUUACUCCAAUCGCACCCCUCCUGUCACCACGCUCGUGAGAAUGCCGAUGAGAGCGAUCUCGACUCGGACGUUGAGAAUGACUUCGUCAAAACGAUCAAUUCGGCGAACAGGCACACUCCUAGGUGGAAAUAUCUGUUGUCAAUGGCAGUGAGGAGACGGCGUUCGCCGGGACAGCUGCAUGAGGAGUAUAAACACAACACAGAUCACCCGCUGCUGGCGUCUGGAUUGGCAGCUCGAAGGUCAAGGAGAAGAGGUACGAGCUGGUACAAUUGGUGCAUAUUUGGUGGUAUCAGUGGAGCAGGUCUCUUUGCUGUUCUUCUCUCCAUCAAUCUCACGCUCUCCCUUCUCACGCUAUACUGGUACCCGGACAUUGAUCAGGUACUACGGUACUGGGGAACUGCGGGAUCUGGAACAGAAGGGUUGGCAUGGUAUCCCACUGACUUUACACGCGAUGUGAUACCUAUACCUUGCCACUCUCACAACGAUUAUUGGCGGAAAGUACCUCUGUUCUCAGCCCUGCGUGCUGGCUGCACAGGCGUCGAAGCAGAUGUGUGGCUUUUUGAUGACGACCUGUAUGUUGGCCAUAAUACAGCAUCGUUGACUAGGAACCGUACCUUCCAAUCGCUUUAUAUCAAUCCUUUGGUCAAAAUUUUAGAAGGCCAAAACCCAACUACCGAUUUCUACAACGGGACAAAUCACGGAGUCUUUGACACUGAUCCGGAAAAGUCUGUUGUCCUCUUGGUCGAUCUCAAGACUUCAGGGCCGGAGACUUGGCCAUAUGUAUUAAGCCAGUUACAGCCACUCCGCGACAGAGGCUGGCUUACAUAUAUGGAGGCUGGCAUAGUGUACCACCGGCAAGUUACGAUCGUGGGCACCGGGAAUACGCCCUUCAAUCUUGUGACGGAAAAUGCCACUUACCGAGACGCUUUCUUUGACGCACCGCUAGAGACAAUGUACGAGCCUUUAUAUGCCGACUCGAGAACGACUCCAUCCUCCGCUUUGAGCUCUUCGCCUGGGAUCGAGUUAGAUGAGCAUGAUACGCCUGAACAGACCAAAACCGCCUCAGAGCCUCUCAACAAUCUAGGGCAAGGUCUGUCUGGUACCACAGCACUGUCCAAUUUUAAUCAGCAGAAUUCUUAUUAUGCUUCGGUGGCAUUUGGUAAAGCUAUAGGUCGAAUAUGGCGUGGGAGGCUCAGCACGAAACAGAUGGCAACCAUUCGGGGCCAGGUCAGUGGUGCGCACAGAAGAGGACUGAAAGUCAGAUACUGGGAUUUGCCUAGCUGGCCGAUCGGACUUCGAAACCACGUGUAUGACGUCUUAAUGCGUGAAGGUGUUGACGUCUUGAAUGUGGAUGAUCUGCGCGCUGCUAGCAGACAUGUCUGGUAG